AUGGCUGGCCAAGACUUCCUGGACAACAUGGCCGUCGUGAUUGACCCCGGCUCCGCCCACACCAAGGCCGGCUUCUCAGGAGAGGAACGUCCGCGCGCCGUAGUGCCCUCGAGCGCCCGCCUGCCCGCCUACACGCCAGGGGAGAGUGCCCGUGACGAGCUGCGCGUGUGCCCUCAGGAGCACGCCGUGCUGGUCAGCGACGGGCCUCUGGCGCCCCCUGUGGAGCGCGUGCGUACUGCGGAGCUGCUGUUCGAGGCGCUGGGGGUCCCGGCGCUCUACCUGAGCCACCGGCCGCUGCUGAGCCUCUACUCGUACGGAAUGGUGACCGGCCUGGUGGUCAGCGCCGGGGGCGGAGCCACCAGCGUCUGCCCCGUCUACGGCGGCUACUGCCUGCCCCACGCCGCACGCACGCAGCCACUAGGGGGCGCCGCCGUCUCCGCGCUCCUGCAGCAGCUAUUGGAGGAGAGGGGAUCAGGGGGCGGGGUCAGCGGGAAGGGCCAAUGGGAGGCUCCGGUGGGCGGGAUCAGCAGGAAGAGCCAAUGGGAGGCUCCGGUGGGCGGGGUCAGUGGUAAGGGCCAAUGGGAGGGGCCGGUGGGCGUGGUCAGCGAGGAGGUCCAGCGGCAGAGCGUCUACGUGUCGCAGGACUUCGAGCGAGAGCUGCACCAGGGGUCGGAGGUCACCGAGUACCGGCUGCCCGACGGCACCAGCGUUGCCCUGGGCGACGAGCGCUUCCGCUGCGCCGAGCUGCUGUUCUGCCCGUCGCUGGCCGCGCUGCCCCAACCGGGCGCCCACAUCCUGGCACUCAGCAGCGUGGCGGCCUGCGCCCCCCAGUGGCCGCAGGAGGAACUGCUGGCCAACGUGGUUCUGUCCGGCGGGACGACUCUGCUGCCCGGCUUCCCCGAGCGCCUGCAGGCUGAGUUGGCGCGCCUGGCGCCGCGUGAUGCCCUCGUGCGCGUCCACUCCGGUGCCCAUCGCCACGUCGCCGCCUGGCUGGGCGGGUCCGUCAUGGCAACCCUCCGCAGCGCACGCCCACUCUGGGUCACCGCCGCCGACUACCAGGAGCACGGACCUGAUGUGGUGCUGCAGCGCUGCUACUAGCACACACACACACACACACACACACACACACACACACACGCACACACGCACGCGCACACACACACACACACACACACAC